AUGACGGCGGCCAUUGCGCUGUACCAGGCCCUCCGGCUGCCCCUGCCGACGAGCGUGCCGGCGCGGCGAGGGGGGGACGGGGACGGGGAGGGGGAGGAAGAAGGCACCGCGGGUGGUGUGCUCAUAUACGGGGGCUCGACGGCGGUGGGCGCGUACGCGCUGCAGCUCGCCAAGCUCAGCAACCUGAGUCCCAUCGUCGCAGUGGCGGGCAAGGGCAUCGAGUACGUCCGCUCGCUGGAUGCCGCGACGCACAUCAUUGGCUACCGCGACGGCGACGUGGCGCAACGGGUCAUCGAGACGGUCAAGGCGCACGCCCCGGGACAGCAGCAGCAGCAGCAGCCGCCGUUCCGCCAUGCACUCGACGCGGUGUCCGACUUUGGGAGCCACAAGGUCAUCAGCGACAUUCUCGUCGGCUUGUGCGAUAGCAGCGGCAGCGGUGGUGGUAACGAAGGCGAGGGCCAUGUCGGGCAAAGGAAGAAGAACAAGAUGAUGCUAAUCAACAUGCUCGACCUGAGCGCGGAGAUGGACGACUCGUGGCAGUGGCCGGACGGGGUCGCCUGGUCCCUGACGUUCGUCGCCAGCGCGUACGGGCGCAAGCACCCGUGGAUGAGCGAGGAGCGGGCGCGCGCGGACAGGGACUUUGCGUGCUGGUUCUACCGCUACGUCGAGCGCCUGCUCGCCGACGGGAGGCUGAGGCCGCAUCCCGUCGAGGUGCUGCCGGGCGGGCUGGAUGGGGUGCUGCAGGGCGUCAAGGACUUGAGGGACAAUAAGGUGUCGGCGAAGAAGCUGGAUCGCCGAUAG